AUGAAUUUAUUAUCCACAAAUGGAGAUAAAUGGAAAAAAGAAAGAGAUAUUAGAAGAAAACUCUUUCAAGAAAGUAGAAAAGAAAAAAUAACAUCUGAAGAUAAAAAAGAAAUGAAUGAACUAGAUAACAUCAUAGAAGAUGAUGUAAAUAAUUAUUAUGAAAAUAGGUAUAAUAAUCAAGAAGAAACAGAAGUGGCAUGGCAAAACUAUGAAAGUAUUCAACAUGAAUAUGAAAGUGAAAAAAAAGAAACAAAUAAAGGGUAUGGAAUAGUAGAAACAGAUGAAGAAAAUGUUAAAGGAAAACAAGUAGAUUAUAAGGUAUUCUGUAAUGAGAAUACAGAGAUACCCUCUAUGAAUAUAGGACAUAUCAGGAUAGAAAACCCUGUAGAAAAUGGGUAUAUAGGCACCCCUGUAAAACUUGCUAAAAAAGGAAUAAGCAUCCAACCUGGAAUAGCAAAUGAUAGUCACAUAACGAUAAUGAAUAUAUCAAGUAGAAAUGUGAAAUUUAACAAGGGACAACAUAUUGGAAAUGUUGAAAAAAUACAGAAAAAUGAUGAAAAUUUUCUUACAAAAUUACCUGAUCUGAAAGAUCAGAAACAAAUUGGUCAUAUUCUUACAGAAUAUGUUGAUGUUUUUAGAGAAAAACAAGAGUAUGCAACUAGAGUAAAUAUUGAUGAAAUAUCUCCAAUAGAAUUAAACUUAAAAAAUGGAAUGAAAGAAAGUAAAAUACCAAUUGAAAAUACUGAAUGGAGAAGUUCUGCACUGGUAAUAACCAAGAAAGAUGGAACAAAGAAAAUAGCAAUAGAUUAUAGAAAUCUAAACAAAUACUUGGAACAAUAUAGAGAACCAUUACCAGACUCCAAACAGAUGUUGCAAACUGUUAGUAGAUAUAAAUACUAUAUUACUAUAGACAUAAAGUCAGCAUAUUGGCAAUUAGUAAUGCAUGAAAACUCAAAGAAAUAUUAA